AUGGUGAAGACAGCAGCGAGCCAGCACAGGCAGGUGAUGUCGGCUGAGAGCAGCAGUUUGUCUCAAAGUGAGCCCGUCCACUCAGCUCGAGCAGUGGAAUAUCAAGCUGGCCGCCGCCGCGGCUCCUCGUGCUCAACUGACACAGUCGAUAGCUCUGCAUUAUUCAUGGAGCCGGCUGGGCCUGAUGAGAUGGCCUCUCGCGGAGGCUGGAUUUCAGACAUCCCAAACUUUACAGGGCCCAGCGCACGCCUGACACCUCCAACAACUGUUUAUCGUCAGGCAAAAUGA